CAUUCCAAGUCUCUCGGAGAUCCAGACUCAGCCAUGGCCUCCGAAGUCCCCAAGACGUGCAAGGUCAUUCUGGCCGACACCAUUGCCAAGAAGCUCCUGGCUGAGGUUCACGAGACCCUCGCCAAGGUCCAGGGCAGCGGCGUCUUCAAGCCCACCCUCGUUGCCUUCCUUGCCAACGACGACCCGGCUGCUCUCCAGUACGCCGAGUGGUCUCAGAAGACCUGCGUAGAGAACGGCUUCAACUUUGACCUGCGUCGCGUCGACAAGGAGCAGCUCGAGGAGAAGAUCCAGGAGGCCAACGAGGAUGACAAGGUCGACGGCAUCAUCGUCUACUACCCCAUUUUCCCCGGCAACCCCACGCACGACAAGUACAUCCAGGAGACCGUCUCCCUGGCCAAGGACGUCGAGGGCCUCUGCCACAAGCACAUCUACAACAUGUACCACAACGUCCGCUUCCUCGAUCCGCCCCAGAACCUGCGCAAGUCCAUCCUGCCCUGCACGCCCCUCGCCGUCGUCAAGAUCCUCGAGCACCUGCAGAUCUACAACCCCAUCCUCGCCCCGGGCAACCGCCUCUUCGGCAAGACCAUCACCGUCAUCAACCGUUCUGAGGUCAACGGCCGCCCGCUAGCCGCGCUGCUCGCCAACGACGGCGCCACCGUCUACUCCGUUGACAUCACCGGCGUCCAGCUCUUCACCCGUGGCCAGGGCAUUAAGCAGCCGCGUCAUCAGGUCACCAACAAGGAGGGUUGGGGCCUCGAGGAGGUUCUCCCCAUCAGCGAUGUCAUCAUUGGCGGCGUCCCCGCCGAGAAGUACAAGAUCAGCACGGAUCUCAUCCGCGAGGGUGCCGUGUGCAUCAACUUCUCCUCGUUCCGCAACUUCGAUGCCCCCACAGUCAAGGAGAAGGCCGCCAUCUACGUCCCCUCCGUCGGUAAGGUGACGAUUGCCUGCCUGCUGAGAAACCUGGUUCGCCUCAUUGCCAAUCGCCCGACGACCAAGGACAACGGCAGCGAGGACGCAAGCACCGCGCAAGCCAGAAGUGAGGCCUUCACCGAGGGUUAG